GCAGCGCAACGGCGCUGCGGGCGGACCGCGCCGGGCCGUGGGGGGGUGUCAUGUCCCGCGAACGGCCCCCUCGCACUGACAUCCCGCGCAACCUGAGCUUCAUCGCUGCGCUGACUGAGCGCGCCUACUACCGCAGCCAGAGGCCCAGCCUCGAGGAGGAGCCGGAGGAGGAGCCAGGCGAGGGCGGGACACGGCACGGGGCCCGGUCCCGAGCUCAAGGUCCGAGUCGGGGCCGCCGGGCCCGCUCUGCGCCCGCCGGAGGCGGGGGAGUCCGGGCGUCCCGCAGCCGCAGCCCCGACACCCGCAAGAGGGUGCGCUUCGCCGACGCCCUGGGGCUAGAGCUGGCCGCCGUGCGCCGCUUCCGCCCCGGUGAGCUGCCGCGGGUGCCCCGCCACGUGCAGGUCCAGCUACAGAGGGACGCCCUCCGCCACUUCGCGCCGUGCCAGCCCCGAGCUCGCGCCCUCCAGGAGGCGCGCGCGGCCCUGGAGCCGGCCAGCGAGCCCGGCUUUACCGCCCGCCUGCAGGCGCAACGCAUCUGCCUGGAACGCGCAGAGGCGGGCCCGCUGGGCGUGGCCGGGAGCGCGCGCGUGCUGGACCUGGCCUACGAGAAGCGCGUGAGCGUGCGCUGGAGCGCCGACGGCUGGCGUAGCCAACGCGAGGCGCCUGCCGCCUACGCCGGCCCGGCUCCGCCCCCGCCUCGCGCAGACCGCUUCGCUUUCCGCCUACCGGCGCCGCCCAUUGGGGGUGCCCUGCUUUUCGCCUUGCGCUACCGGGUGACGGGUUAUGAGUUCUGGGACAACAAUGGCGGCCGUGACUAUGCUCUACGUGGGCCCGAGCAUCCGGGCAGUGCCGGAGCCCCAGAGCCCCAGGGCUGGAUUCACUUUAUCUGAGAGGAGGUGCCUGCAGCCAACGGCGGAGAAAACCAAAGGCGCCCGGGGGCGGGGGAAACCCGAAGACUUCGCAGAGUGGAAUGGGAGAAACCAAGAUUGGCGGGGAUUAGACCAAAACAGUCAAGUGGGGGAGGGGACGGGGAGGGGGGUGGGAGAAAUCAAAGGGGGGUGGUGUGGGCGCAAUCAAUGAACUUUGUGGAGCUUGGGAUGGAAAACGCUGGUUGGAUGUGAAUGGAAGGAACGCAAAGCAUGAGAAAGGUGACCGAAGAGUGUUGGAGGAAUUUAAAAAAAAGGGAGAUGAUGGUGCCAUUCUCUUUCGUGAGUGGGCACUGAGCAGUAAGCCAGGAGAGCCCUGGCAGGCCUAUGCAGUGGAAGGUAAAGGUACCUUGUCGGCAUUGAAGAGGUACUAUUAUGUGUGAAGUAGGAGUCCAACCCAGUUGAAGUUAUUUAGGUUACUCACUCAUCCCUUCUUACGCACCAUUGCCAUCUCAGGUCUCCCACUUAGCCAUAAUUGCCUUGCUUAAUCCCAGGAAUCUGACCAUUGCUCCCUGGUCCCUGGCAUUCUGACAGGGUUUCCUUGUUGCCCCUGACGGUCCCUGUCUUCAGUCUUCAUGGACUGGCUGGGGAGUGGUGACAGGUGGCAGUCAGAGCUCUCUCCUCCAAAUUCCAGGCAACCCUGGCGACUAAAAUGGAGGCCAAAGUAACUCUGGGUCUGUCCCUGUAGCCAAAGAAUGAGGUGCCUAAGGGGUUGGUACACUCGGGGGCUUCCGGAAAAAUGCCAGCCUGACCUUUCUGGGGUGCCUUCUGAUGAUCUCUAAGCACUUUAUGGAUUACAUUUGUCAAGAGAAAGUGAAUCGAGAGAAUCACUAUUCUGAUUUAUUCUUUAUGCCAUGGAAGAAAAGGAAGUCACUGACUAGUUGUAUAACUUUGGUCAAGUUACUUCACCUCUCUGGGCCCGUUUCUUCCGUGGGAAAUUAGACUGGAAUUUCCUUCUGGCAUUGACAUUUUAUGAUCUGUGAGUAGUAGAACUUAGAUAGAUUAGAAGCUACAGUCUUCCAGCCUAGUGCUACAGUUCCAAACACAUAGCCCUGAGUAUCUGGUUGGGCCUAAAGAUGGGUCCUCUAGUUUUUGGCAUACGGUCCAGAGGCCAGGAAGGAGCCAUAACCAACCUGCAGGUUCAGGGUACUCGAGGACCUCUUCCAGUCCACAGCUCAUCUGUCCCUUGCUUUUGCCCUUGCCUAUGCAGACUCACAGCCUGGAUGCUCUGGGGGCAGCUUUGGGGAGCUACUGCUGGGCAAAAUGAUGCUUGGGAGCCCCAAAAAUGAAAGCAAACAAUGUUGGCAGCUCUCUUGAAGAUAAAGGAUUAUGGGUAUAAGAAAUGGAAAACAUUUCAAAUCAAGGAUCAUAGCAACGUGAAGAUUAAAUGGUACCAGAAAGUGGUGGUCUGCUCCAUACGCUGCGCAAGUGAAAUGGAAAAGCUGGACUCCUACCCAUUCAUGCAUGCCUUUUGACUCUCCUCCUAGUCAGCCUUAAUAUAGGAGUCAUUCCUCUGCUGGUCACUUGUUUUUCCUUUUCUCUUACUCUAUUCUUACGUUCCUUGCUUUUCUUUCUCUUUGCUUGUCCCUCUUCCUUCUCAUCACUUUUUUUCUUUUAACAUAUAGGGCAUUUACCUUCAUUGUCUUUUAUUUCAAUUUGCCUUCCUCUUCAUCCUUGUUGAUCUGUGCUAUCCCUUGUCGCUCCAGAAGGGGUGUAGAACCUUUCUCCAAGACUGGUUGAUUCACCUUCCUCUCUCAGGCUCCCUCUUCAAAGUCUUCUAGAAGAGAUAAGAGGGAAAAGCAGCAGCAGUUCCUGAUGCUACAGAUGAACAAGGAGCUCCCAGGUAAUCAGCUCCCCACACCCCCUUCUGUUACUGAUUUCACAAAUUAAAAAUUCUGGAUCCCUCUCUUCUCCCAGAGAGAGAGAAUGAGUGUGUAUGUAUGUAUGUAUGCAUGUAUAUACACAUGCCCACACAUGCAUUCAGAAUAGAGUAUGGGGCUUGUUACCUUGUCCCUCCUGUCCAAAGUCUUAAUCCUCUGAACAAAGAUGGCUGAAAGAUAGGAAACAUGGGCCUUCCUCAAACAAUUGCCCAUUUACACAUCAUCCUCAUCACCUCGAGAAGCACAUAGAGCUUUAUGCAUCUUGAGGAUCACCUUCGGGUCAGAGUUCCAGCAAAGUAAAGACAGCCACUGGAAGCCAUCAAGCAAUGCACUGUUAAAUCAUCAAUGAGGAGG